UCAACUCUAUGGUCAAAAUCAGGCAAAGCAAAAUAUUUUUAAUUUUUAAAAUCAAUCGUUUUUUAUUUCGUAUCAUUAAAAAAGAUCCUUUCGGUGAGAAUAUAUACUAUCCAUCUUCCAGUAAUCUGACAAAGGCACUCAAUAAAGAAUAGAUUUCAUAAAUGUGCCGCAAGUUUAUAGUUUUAUUAUUAGAAUAUGCGUGGCCAACCUCGAGGAGGCCGGUGGCGUGGAAACCGAGGCAACCAGGGCAACCGAGGCUCCUGGCCGAGAGGCGGCAGUUCACGUGGAUUCGAAGGAAGGGGUAGAUCGAACUACGGAAGACAGAAUGCCAAUCAGCAUUGGGGCAAGCCGAAGCGCGACGUUCCAAGUAAAAGGCUCUCGGAACAGGACAUAGGAGUCACCAAAUAUAUCAAUGAGCAUGAAGGCUUCAAUGGGAUAAUUAAAACUAGAUUCUCAGAUUUCCAAGUAUCAGAAAUAAAUGAGCAAGGAGAAGUGGCCAAGCUGACAGAUCUGUCCACUCCAGCAGUGCCCAGAGAUGAGGAAGUGGUGGACGACGAGGACCUGCUGCACAAUAAGUACAAUCCUGAGAUCCUGCCCAUGGAAACUUGGGACAGAAUCAACAAAGUUGCCACCACCACUGGAAGUGAUGUUGAAAAAGUACAGGUAGAUGUGACAGGCAUGACAAAGGAGCAGAGAACUAAAAUCCACGAUGCAGUCAAGAAAGCCUUUGGAGAGAGCAUAGUGGGCAGCACUAUCACAGUUGACGACAAGAAGUAUGUUACUUUCGACAAGUAUAGGAAAGGAGUGCGCAUAGACAACAGAGUGAAGUGGGUGUGGCCGGGCGAGUAUGUGUACUUCAUAGUCUACAAAGAGAACUGUGACACUAUGGAAGCUGCUUCGCGCAUCGCUGCGAGAUUGAGAUUGCAAGUAAGGUCCACCCUACUCGGUUACGCGGGUACAAAGGACCGUCGAGCCAAAACCUCGCAAUGGUUCAGUCUACGCAAGUUUGACCCACGGAAGAUAGCCAAUGCCUGCAGGGACCUGAGGGACAUUCAAGUUGGGAAUUACAGCUUUAGAGAUACCAACCUUAAGUUGGGUAUGCUGAAGGGGAACCAGUUCCGGAUCUGUCUCCGUAACGUGACAGCGUCAGACGAAUGCGUGGACGAGGCGUGCAAACUGCUCCGAGAGAAGGGCUUCCUCAACUACUACGGGCUGCAGCGGUUCGGUACGCGGAUAGAAGUGCCCACUUACGAGAUAGGCAAGAAGCUGCUGCAGGGGAACUUUAGAGAGGCAAUACAGAGCAUAUUGGGGGAACGUUCGGGGCCGAUGUCGAGGGCCCUGCACCUCUACCACACCGUCAGCGCCUACGCGGCGCUGCAGGCCUUGCCUCACAGCGCGCCGCCCACCGAGGCCAAGCUCAUACAAGCGCUCGCGCAGAACGAGAACGACCUUAUUGGAGCUAUGGACCAGGUAGCGCGCAACGUUAGACUGCUGUACAUCCACUCCUACCAGUCGCUGAUCUGGAACCGCGUAGUCUCCGAGCGGCUGCAGAGGUUCCCGCACCAGCCGGUGCCCGGGGACCUGGUGCCUCUCGCGGACGUGAAGGAUGAUGGAAUAGAAGAAUUAGAAGACGAAGAAAGUGAAAAAGAUGAAACAGAACUAAAUGGCGCCGAAAAGAAAACCACAGACGACAUACCAGAGAAAGAUUCCAUAGACAGUAAAAACACAAACAAUCUACAUUUUAAGUCUAAAACCAUGAUUCCAGUGAAAGUGUUGACACAGGAAGAUUGCGAUAGCGGUAGAUAUAGUAUAUUUGAUGUGGUGAUGCCUUUACCGGGAUAUAGUAUAGAGUACCCGCCCAACAUGAAGGAGUAUUAUAAGGAAUUAUUGACUAAAGACGACCUAAAAUUGGACAUGAAGCAUAAAUAUAAGAGCUACAGCAUGUGCGGCGGAUAUCGCCACGUGGUCGCGCGUCCGGCCGACAUGUCGUGGCGAUGUGUGCGCUACUCACAACCUCACGCCGACCUCAUACUAUCGGAUGCGGACGAGCUCGCGGGCAGAACCACCACGGGUGCUACUGAUGACGGACAAUACAAAGCCCUACUCCUAACAAUGUCGCUACCUCCUAGUUCUUACGCCACCAUGGCAUUGAGGGAACUACUAAAGGUCGAUACUUCGGGGGAUAACCAAGCCUUGCAAAACAACUACCAUCAGAAGCCUGCGAAGGAUGACCAAAAGGAUGACCAAAAAGAUGGCCAACCUGACCAAAACGAAGAAGAUGCAACUGAUGAGCAAUGUGAAGAUGUAGAAAAGGUUGAGAAAAGGAAGUUAGAGGAGGAUUCAGAAGGAGUUGGGGUUAAGAAAACUAAACAAAAUGAUGGCUAAGAAUAAAACUAAUUAUUUUAUUUA